UUUAAUUUUAGAAAAUGGCAAUCUCAGUCUCACCCUCCCAAUCCCAUUGUCUUACAUUUCUCACAUUCACCUUCUUCUUCUUCUUCUUCAGCUCCUCCAGUACUACUUUUCUUUCCAAUGCGUCAAAGGGCCUCCCCAUCUCUUCUAUAAUUACCAAAGAGCUUUUUGAUGCAAUAUUUCUACACAAGGAUGAUACUGCUUGCCCUGCCAAGAAUUUUUACCCCUACGAUUCUUUCAUCCAAGCAUCCAAAUGCUUCCCCAAAUUCGGUGCCAUCGGAAGCUUACUCACACGAAAGCGUGAAAUCGCUGCUUUUCUCGCUCAGAUAUCGCAUGAGACCACGGGUGGGUGGCCUACCGCACCUGACGGACCUUACGCCUGGGGUUUGUGCUUUAAAGAGGAAGUCACUCCGCAAAGCAAUUACUGUGACUCCACCAAUACAGAGUGGCCGUGCUACCCGGGCAAAUCUUACAAAGGAAGAGGUCCCAUUCAACUAUCUUGGAAUUUCAAUUAUGGUCCAGCUGGGAAGGCUUUGGGAUUUGAUGGACUUAGGAACCCGGAAAUCGUAGCAAACAGCUCUGUAAUUGCAUUCAAGACAGCUCUAUGGUUCUGGAUGACAGAGCAGAAGCCCAAGCCCUCGUGUCACAAUGUCAUGGUCGGAAGAUACGUCCCCACAAAAGCUGACGUGGCAGCCAAUCGGACUGCCGGAUUUGGAUUGGUGACCAACAUAAUCAACGGCGGGCUUGAGUGUGGAAUAGCCGGUGAUGGACGGGUGAAUGAUCGGGUUGGGUAUUUCCAGAGAUAUGCAAAGUUGUUUAAUGUUGAUACUGGACCUAACUUGGAUUGUGAAAAUCAGAAACCUUAUUAAUUAACAAAAUAAUGCUACCCUAGUUGUUGCUAUAUAUAUUUUUUUUCAUGUUUUGGAGGCCAUAUGCUUCAUAGGAUUAACUAAUGA